GGUACACGGUAAAUCUGGUUCACGAAGCCUCGGUGCACUAGUCGAUCACACAAGUCCUGGCCACCCGUUCCAAAUCCGGGAAUAAAACUGCAGAGCCUGCAUAUCAGUCAGCGGUUUCACAUAUAUCAACCUUGGAAUGCCAUUCCGCUGUGGGGCUGCUUUGUGUUGGCUUUUCUCAUCCUUCCAACUCCGAACAUCCAACCUUGACCUCCCAUGCACUCGGAGUCAGAAGGCGGACUCGGAACUCUUUGCAUAACCGGAAUUACACCGAUCCUGCGCUAUUUCACCAUGAAGGUGCUCGGAACGACAGCCGACAUCCAUCUCUCCGCUCCUCGAAGCGGCCAUUGUAUCCCUCACGACACGCUUUGUGGAUCCCGUGGAGUAAUACUACAACAACUGACGCUAUGCUCACCAACACCAAUCUCUACUGUGUCGCCAAAGUCAAUACCGUCGGGCCAUACCACCACCUAUCGGCAUGCUUCAGUUCAACCUUUCUGCCGACCCCCACUGUCGCGCCCGAAUCUCCAAUGGCAGCUUCUUUUCAAAACGGGGUGGAAAGGGCAUUCAGAACGAAGGAAGAUGUUCUGCGGAGGCAGGACACAAUGCACACUACCAUUGCCACGGGAGAUACUAUCUACCAGCCUGUACGCCUUUGGGAGUGAUUCCGAUUUGGUCGCGUUUGAAGCACCCCUUGGCUAUGCAGUUGUCGAGAUCUAUAUCGUAUCGGUCGUGCGCGAUACUCGUUGAAGCUCCAAGCCCAUAAUCCAACAGGGAGUCGUAGCGCAGCCUAGGUCCUUCGUAUGUUCGGAUGCGAGCGUUUGCACAGAA